UCCUCCAAAGAACACCACAGUUGUGUCUGUUCCAUCUGGUGAAAUAACAGAGGGAAGUAAUGUGACUCUGACCUGCAUGAGUGAAGCUGAUCCACCAGUACACACAUACACCUGGAUCAAGAAGAAUGGAACCGUAGAACUGGAGUCAGGAAAGGGGAAGACACUCACCUUUAGCAAGAUCCGUACUGAGGACAGUGGAGACUAUUUCUGUCGAGUAGACAAUAAGAUUGGUCAACGUGAUUCUGCCGGUGUAACUUUUGAGGUUUUAUCUAUGGCCCAUGACCAGACCAUAUGGAUAGCAAUUCUGGUUGGAGUGGCGGUCUGUGGAGUUCUGGUUUUGCUCUGUGUCAUAUGCAGGUUGAGGCAAUCUAAACAGGUAGCUACUAACAAUACGAGAACAUCAGCUGAGGACAACCAGGAUGGAAACUAUGGCAACAUGCAGAUAAACCUGAACCCCAACACCACCCAACCUGAUGGAGUCUACCAGAGCCUGAACCCCAACACCACCCAACCUGAUGCAGUGUACCAGACUCUGAACCCCAACACGACCCAACCUGAUGCUGUCUACCAGACUCUGAACCCCAACACGACCCAACCUGAUGCUGUCUACCAGACUCUGAACACCAACACGACCCAACCUGAUGCUGUCUACCAGACUCUGAACACCAACACAACCCAACCUGAUGCAGUCUACCACACCCUGAACCCCAAAUGCCAUAAGAAUUAGGUUCAUCACAAACUUCAGCAGUCUCCUCUGUUUUCCACAUAGAAAUAUAAAGCAAAGUAAAUUGUUCCCAACAAAACUGCAAUGUGUGUUAUUUUAGGAGAUAUAUGAGUAUCCCAUCUAGGACUAUACAUGAGAGUUUAAAUACAUUGAUGUUUAUAUAAUAGCAUUAGAUUAUAAGAUUAGGGAGAGCUGUAAGUGAGUCUGUGAAUGUUGCUUCACUAAAGUUUAAGUAUGCUAUACAAGAGGUACAUUUGAGAUCGUUUUUUUUAAGUUUCAUACUGUUCAGUACAUGUUGUGUAGCAGACAUGGGCAAUAUUUGAAUUAUAUGUAUUUCAAAUAUGUAUUUAAUUACUGUAGCAUAAUUUUGUAAUAUUUGCAGGAUUAGAAAAAAUCAAAUGUAGUUUGUAAGAAAAUACGUUGAGGGAUUGUACUUAGAGUAUUUCAAAUACUUAAAAUACUUCUGAAAUACUUUCUCAAAUAAGCUAAGCCAACAUUUCAUAAUUCAGUUGAAUAUACCACCUAUAGCGAUGACAGUAAGCUAUACUUAUCAUAGUCCGGGAGCCAAAGGCCAGAAUCUUUAAUAUGCUGAACCUGGUUUUGAUGGAUAAAGAUUUUCUUGUUGCGUAAGGGUUACUCAAUAAGAACAGGGAGGGUGCCUCGGCGAUAUCCCUUGGACAAUUUCCAACAUUCAGCUCUAAUUAAAACUCUCCUAAAUGUGCAUCUUGUUGGUUAUUGGCUGAACACAAUG